AUGUCAAAAGAUAGUGAUGAUCUGUCUGAUAUCAGAUACGCGACAGAAAAACAAUUGGGGUGCAGACAUGUAGAGAGGGUGAAAGAUGGCAAAGAUGGAGGGACACGGGUCGAUAGAGCUACACCGGUGCUAGAGAGCGACACGGUGCGAGAGAGCGACAGGGGGCGAGAGAGCGACACUGGGCGAGAGAGCGACAGGGGGGGGAGAGAGCGACACGGGCGAGAGAGCGGCACGGGGCUAGAGAGCGACAGGGGGGGCGAGAGAGCGACACGGGGCGAGAGAGGGACACGGGCGAGAGAGCGACACGGGGCGAGAGAGCGACACGGGGCGAGAGAGCGACAGGGGGCGAGAGAGCGACACGGGCGAGAGAGCGACACGGGGCGAGAGAGCGACACGGGGCGAGAGAGCGACAGGGGGCGAGAGAGCGACAGGGGGCGAGAGAGGGACACGGGCGAGAGAGCGACACGGGGCGAGAGAGCGACACGGGGCGAGAGAGCGACACGGGCGAGAGAGCGACACGGGGCGAGAGAGCGACACGGGCGAGAGAGCGACACGGGGCGAGAGAGCGACACGGGCGAGAGAGCGACACGGGCGAGAGAGCGACAGGGGCGAGAGAGCGACACGGGGCGAGAGAGCGACACGGGGCGAGAGAGCGACACGGGCGAGAGAGCGACACGGGGCGAGAGAGCGACACGGGGCGAGAGAGCGACAGGGGGCGAGAGAGCGACACGGGCGAGAGAGCGACACGGGGCGAGAGAGCGACACGGGGCGAGAGAGCGACAGGGGGCGAGAGAGCGACAGGGGGCGAGAGAGGGACACGGGCGAGAGAGCGACACGGGGCGAGAGAGCGACACGGGCGAGAGAGCGGCACGGGGCGAGAGAGCGACACGGGGCGAGAGAGCGACACGGGGCGAGAGAGCGACACGGGCGAGAGAGCGACAGGGGGGAGAGAGGGACACGGGCGAGAGAGCGACACGGGGCGAGAGAGCGACACGGGGCGAGAGAGCGACAGGGGGGGGGGAGAGAGCGACACGGGGCGAGAGAGCGACACGGGGCGAGAGAGCGACAGGGGGGAGAGAGCGACACGGGGCGAGAGAGCGACACGGGGCGAGAGAGCGACACGGGGCGAGAGAGCGACACGGGGCGAGAGACCGACACGGGGCGAGAGAGCGACACGGGCGAGAGACCGACACGGGGCGAGAGAGCGACACGGGGCGAGAGAGCGACACGGGGCGAGAGAGCGACACGGGGCGAGAGAGCGACACGGGGCGAGAGAGCGACACGGGGCGAGAGAGCGACAGGGGGGAGAGAGCGACACGGGCGAGAGACCGACACGGGGCGAGAGACCGACACGGGGCGAGAGAGCGACACGGGGCGAGAGAGCGACAGGGGCGAGAGAGCGACACGGGGCGAGAGACCGACACGGGGGCGAGAGAGCGACACGGGCGAGAGACCGACACGGGGCGAGAGAGCGACACGGGGCGAGAGAGCGACACGGGGCGAGAGAGCGACACGGGGCGAGAGAGCGACAAGGGGCGAGAGAGCGACAGGGGGGAGAGAGCGACACGGGCGAGAGAGCGACACGGGGCGAGAGAGCGACAGGGGGGAGAGAGCGACACGGGCGAGAGAGCGACACGGGGCGAGAGAGCGACACGGGGCGAGAGAGCGACACGGGGCGAGAGAGCGACACGGGGCGAGAGAGCGACACGGGGCGAGAGAGCGACACGGACCGAGACCGAGAGAGCGACAGGGGGGGAGAGAGCGGACACGGGGCGAGAGACCGACACGGGGGAGAGAGCGACACGGGGCGAGAGAGCGACACUGGGCGAGAGAACGACAUGGGCGAUAGAGCUACACGGGGCGAGAGAGGGACACGGGCGAGAGAGCGACAGUGGGCGAGAGAGGGACACGGGCGAGAGAGCGACACGGUGUGACGACGACGACAACGAUGAUGAUGAUGUUCAUGUAGAUAGUUUUAAUCUAUGA